ACAUUUAAGGUGAUCCAGAAUUUCUUGUAACUCAAACACUUUAUAACUUUCACUUCUCAUCGUGUUGUUUUAUACGAACAAUCAUAAGAAUCUUUGGUUGUCUUAUUUCUUAGGUUGCGUGAAAAUGGGAGGUGGUGGCCGAAGCUCUGCUCCAAAACAGAGAAACUCCGGUGAAGAUGUGGUUUGGAAGAAGCGUGUUCCACACUAAAAACCACCGUUCAGUCUGAGCAAAGUGAAGAAAGCGAUUCCACCGCACUGUUUCGAGCGUUCGGUGGUUCGUUCCUUCUCCUACGUCUUCUACGACCUGGCCAUAGCCUCGUGUCUUCUCUACGUGGCGCUAAACUACUUCUCAACCCUUCCCCAUAACUUCUCCCUCUUGGCCUGGCCCCUGUACUGGAUCCUCCAAGGUUCCGUCCUCACCGGCGUUUGGGUCAUAGCGCACGAGUGUGGCCACCACGCUUUCAGCGAUUACCAGUGGCUCGAUGACACGGUUGGUCUCGUUCUCCAUUCGUUUCUUCUCGUGCCCUAUUUUUCCUGGAAAUAUAGCCACCGCCGUCACCACUCCAACACGGGGUCCCUCGAACGCGACGAAGUGUUUGUGCCGAAAACAAAGUCCAGCGUUGGUUGGCAUUCUAAGUACCUCAACAACCCUGCUGGGAGAGUUCUCACUCUUGCCAUCACCCUAACCCUAGGUUGGCCUCUCUACUUGGCCUUCAACGUUUCGGGUCGGAGCUACGAGCGUUUCGCCUGCCACUAUGACCCUUAUGGCCCCAUUUACUCCGACCGCGAAAGGCUUCAGAUUUACGUCUCCGAUGUAGGGGUUCUGGCCGUGUGUUACGGCCUCUACAAGCUUGUGUUGGCAAAAGGGUUCCUUUGGGUGGUUUGUGUCUAUGGGGUGCCUCUGAUGGUGGUAAAUGCGUUGUUGGUGUUGAUCACUUUCUUGCAGCACACUCACCCUGCCGUUCCUCACUACGAUUCCGCGGAGUGGGAUUGGCUGAGAGGCGCAUUGGCCACCGUGGACAGAGAUUACGGGAUUCUGAACAAGGUUCUUCAUAACAUCACUGACACACACGUGGCACAUCACUUGUUCUCCACGAUGCCGCAUUACCAUGCAAUGGAAGCCACCAACGCUAUAAAACCGAUUCUGGGAGAUUAUUAUCACUUUGAUGGCACUCCUAUCUAUAAGGCAAUGUGGAGAGAGGCAAGAGAGUGCAUGUACGUUGAGACUGAUGAAAAGUCUAAGAACAGUGGUGUUUACUGGUACAACAAUCAACUGGAUUGAGUAGAGGUUCUUCAGACUUGAGACAGUUUAGGUUGUUUUUUGUUUUACCUCUAAUCAUGGUUAUGCGUCUUAUAGAAUCAUUUUAUGAUUAGUGGUAAUGUUGGUCGUAGAAAAGGACAGUGUAUACUAUACUAUACUAUGUUAUGCUGAUACGCAUGGUGUGUUGAAAUCAGCUUUCAUAUGGCUAUUCACUUGAUCGUUGGAAAAGCUAAUAGUAGCUGGUUUCAGUUAUAUAGUAAUAUAUUACAGUAUAUGUAAUAUAAAUACAUAAUGUAA